AGAAGGAUGGUGUUGGUAGGAAGGACAGGAGCAGGUAAAAGCUCCACUGGAAACACAAUUCUGGGCAGAGGAGCCUUCAGAUCUGCAAAAAGUGGUUCAUCUGUGACCAAAGAGUGCUGGAAAAAGACCAGAGAGGUGGCUGGAAGAGAAAUUACCCUGGUGGAUACUCCAGGGAUGUUUGAUACAGAUAUUUCAGAUGAGGAUCUUCAGAAGCAGAAGAUCAGUAAGUGUAUAAACAUGACGGCACCUGGACCACACGCCAUCCUCCUGGUCAUUCAGCUCGGCUCAUUCUCUGAAGAAGAGAGAAACUCGGUGGAGAAGAUCAGAGUCAUAUUUGGAGAAGAAGCAGAUAAACACACAAUCAUCCUCUUCACUCGCGGUAAUGAACUGACCUGCUCUAUUGAAGAAUAUGUCAGUGAUGCCAGUGAGGAUCUGAAAGAAAUCCUGAGGCGCUGUGGGGAUAGAUAUCACAUGUUCAAUAAUAAAGACAUGGAGGAUCGUAAUCAGGUUGUGGAGCUGCUGGAGAAAGUAGAUGACAUGGUCUCUGCUAAUGGAGGUGGAUUUUACACCAAUGACUCUUACCAGGAUGUGGAGAUCAUGCUGAAAACUAAAGAAGAGGAGCUGAGACGAGAAUAUGAGAAGAAACUACAAGAAAAAGAAAGAGAAGUGGAGUCCAGAUUCACUGAAGAGAAGAAGAAACUACAGGAGAGAAUAGAUGCACUAACAGCAUCUGAGCAAGAGAAAGAAGAGAAGAUCAAAGAGCUGGAACGACUGAAUCAGAGGAACAUGCGUAAAAUGAUUGAGUACAAGCGUUAUUAUGAAGCAAAGCUCAGAGAGGCCAGACUGGAGGCAGAACUCACUCACAUUAAUGAGAGAAACAUGAUGGAGAUCUUAACCAAGUUACAAAGCAUCCAGAUCUAAUCAUGCCUGUGUAUUUUAUGAACGCUUUGGCUGUGCUCAGACAUAUAGCUUUAUAUGUAACUCU